AACUUGUCGGGCUGUGUCCACGACGCCGAGGACUUCAUGGCGUUAUUGACGGACAGCCUUCGAGUGCCCCCGUGCCGCAUCAAAUGUCUCCGCAACGGAGAGGCCACUCGGGCAGGCAUCCUCGAUGCACUAGAGAGUCAUUUCGUCAAUAACGACAGUAUCAAGAAGGGUCGUGAUGCGAUGGUAUGCUUCUAUGCGGGACAUGGGGGUCGCAUUCCUACGCCGCAGGGGUGGUCCUCAGAGGAAGGCAAGAUCGAGACCAUUUGCCCUCACGAUGAGGCCACGCACCUGCGCAGCGCCGACGGUGAAGAUUAUGUGGUUCCUGGCAUCCCUGACCGCACCUUCGACGGCUUGAUGCGGCGCCUUGCGUACAAGAAAGGGGACAAUGUCACCGUCAUCUUUGACAGCUGCCAUUCCGGCGGCAUGUCGAGG